GCAUAUAUUUGAUUUUCACCCCAAAUAUGGAUGCCGAUGCAUGCCUAUUUUUGAGAUGGAUUGAGAAUUCUUAAAUGUAUGAUUAAAUUACUGUCUAAUUGAGAUGUUUAGGGUUGACCCUAAUUGAUUUGAGUAGCAUGUUUAAGGGAAAAAAAAUUGCUUGCGAUCGAUAUUUCCUUCUGUUUUUUUAUCAAGUGUAGCCUUAUAUUUAGGGCAAAAUGAGAUAAUUGAUUGAGCAAAUUCUUCUUUACAGAAAAUGUAUGUGUGUGAUUACCGUAGUAAUUUUGACUUUCAUUUUUCUUAAUUUUUUUUUGUGGUUAUUUUUUCUGCCUCUACACCCUUAAUUAUGGAAGGAUCUGUGUGAUUAUUUUAGGACUGAUUUACAUUCCAACUAUAGCAUGUUUGUGUCUGAUUUAUUACAUCCGCAAAUUACUGUGUAAGCCUUAUGCUUAACUUGAAAAAAUCCGAUGUUAUGGAAGUAAUAUCUUUUAAUUUCUUUUUCUUUUAUGGUAAAUAUAUGACUGGUGCUUCCGAUCGAUUUGCUUAAUGGAUGUUUUCCUUUUUACUUGCUUUGACUGAACUGUGAUUUUAUAUUUAUGAAAAACUUUAUUGACUGAUUUCAAUCUAAUAUUCUUGUUCUCCUUGAUUAAUUGGGAUUGAUUUUUUUUUUUUUAAAUAUUACUUUUCCUUUUUCAGGUUGGCUAAUUGGACCUUAACUUACGAACAUCUUACUAUAUAAACCCCCUCCCUUUUCAUUUACAGAAAGCUCCAAUUACAAUUACAAUCACUACUACUCUCUUAAACAAGAUAUCAGUUACUUUUAACAUAAAGCAAUUAAAUACUCUUUAAGGUUUCUUUGUUUUUUCCUUCGAGGCUUACGAAAAACAUCUUGAGUAUUUCGCUGUGCUUGGAUUUCUUUUUAUUCGUAUUAACUCGUUUACUGCCACUCACUGGUAAGUCCCUCAUCAAUAUAUUUACAUAUUAGAAAGCAUGUCUAUAGGAUUAGUUUGAAGUAAUUACUGGCUGCUUACUUCUUGUGCUGUGUUCGAUUGUUUCAAUAUGCCUGUCCAUGUAUGUAUUCGUCCCAAGCUUGCACUGCUUUCUAUUAUGUCCGACAGGUGUAAUUAGAAAGCGCGGGGGGACUUGGGCGUUAUUUUUCUUAGGAAAAAUUACAUAAACUAGCAACUUUAAGAUAAUAAUUACAACUAAUAAUAAUAGUUUCUCAAAAUUACAAUUAUUAGCAAAAGUAGCAAUAUUUAACCUUUUUAAUUAAUGGCGCGUGAGUUGCACUCUAUUAUUUUUCACUUUACCCUUUUCACGGCUCUUUACCUUCUUUUUACCUGCACUCUAUUAUUUUUCACUUUACCCUUUUCACGGCUCUUUACCUUCUUUUUACCUAUUUUGACGCCACAACAAAGAUUUCAAUUCCCAUGUAUUAAGGUAAGUGAUUUACUGUUAAUGCAUGUUUCAAUUUUCUUUUAACUUCUUUUUCUUGUUCAUUAUAUUUUUCCAUAUAUUUCUGUGUGUUUAAUUUGGGGAUUUUUUGGGGGUUUAAUUUUCAUGUUUUGAUUUUUUUGGGUUUAUCGAUAUAAUGGCAAAACAUGCAAAUUGUUCUAUGAGUUUUGAUGAAAUACCAUCUUUUAGCCUAGGUUUAACCCAAGACGAAAACAAUAACUUGAUUUCUUGUAAUACCCAGGCAAAGGGAAGUUUUAACUUAAAAGAGUUGAGAUUGAAGAAGCGAAACGAUUCCCAAAAGUCCGUUGAAACAAUGAAACGGAAAGCAGUGACGGAUUCUUUGUCCCCCAAAUCGAAAAAAAAAACUAGAAAGCCAAAUGGAAAAUCUCAUUCGACCAAAAAUUCAAGUUCGGUUUCAUCUGGUUAUGAAUCAUCAUAUGAGGAAGAGAGAUGAGGAGGUUGUUUUUAAGAACAUUAAGCCGACACGAAAGGAGAUUUCAACCUUUCAGAUACCAAAGGUUUUCCAUAGAGGUGGAAGUCAUAAAGAAGAUUAUGUUGAUUCUGAUGAUGAUUUUUAGAAUCCACCACUUCAAUGGAAGCUUUCAAUCAACAAAAAAAACAUAAGGGCAAUUUGUCGUAUUCACCUGCCAAGAAAAAGUUGAAGAAUCAAUCAAAAGGUGCAGAUCAGCAUACAACAAAAAGGAAUACCCCAAGUCGUGUUGUGAAUAUGUCUUCUGUGAAGACACCAACUUUCAAGUUGGUUCAAUCAGAAGAAACAGUACCUUCAAACAGGAAAGACAUUCCGAUUUAGUCGCCUGAUAUGUCUUUUUUCAAACGUUUAGACGAAGGUGAUCUUGUUUCUAAGAAAGUGUUUGAAAAGUUUCGUGAUGAGAAACAAGAAAAAGACAAAGAUUUUGACAAGGAUCAAAUGGAGGAUGGUAAUAAGAAUACAUCACCACAUCAAUCAACUCCAACAAAUGUGGAAGGUUUUAAUAAGAAUCCUGAAGGCAUAUUGAACACAGAAACAGCUGCAGGAAUAAUUGAAAAUACAUCAACAGCUGAUGUUGAGCAAUCAAAAUUGGAUGAAAAAGUUAAUUCAGAAGUGCACAUUCAUGAAGCAGCAUCUGGAGAAGGGAAGGGUGAACUAGAUUUACGUGAUUCUCAAGUAACACUUCCUGAUGAGUUGCUACCCAGCCUUAACGCCUAUGUUAAUCUGAAAAGAAGCACAAUUGUGCAUCCAUCUGCAAAUAAAGAACAAACGCCUAUGAAUGUUUCAAGAGUCGGGAGACCAUCUAAAUUCAAGGAGUCACCAUUCACUACAAAAUUUGGCUCAGCAGAAGAAGCACAGAGAGGAACAUUAUAAGGAAAACAAGUCGAGGAUGUCAGUUAUGAAUUUUGGCAUUCUAUCAGUAGAUGACAAGAAUUGAUUCUACAUUAUGGGUACUCCUGGACAGUCAUGGUCAGAUGAGCAAAUUGAUGUUUGCCUUUACUAUUUGAGAAAGAAAUCCAAGUAUGAACCCAAUAGCUCAUAUAGCUAUAGCACAGUUGACUGCAAUUUUAUGAACAUUGUAAGUAAUGUGUUAGCUAUGUAUUCAAUUGAUGAUCCAACGCUUGAUGCUGGUGGAAAAGAAUACCAUUUGAAUGAGUACAUAAGUGGAUUUCGCAUGCAUGCUACUAUGCCAUGGCAUAUGGUUGAUCAUAUAUUCAUUCCUACCAACGUAAAGUCCAAACAUCAUUGGGUUCUGGCUGUUCUGUCUUUUAACCAGAGAUGCGUAUACGUAUAUGAUUCUAUGUCAUCUGUUGGUCAUGAUUCUACUGUGCUUAUUGAAGUUCAAAAAUUAGCUGAGGUUAUACCUUUAUGCCUUUUGGCAUGCAAAUUCUAUGAGAAGAAGGGUAUUGAUAUUUACAGUCAUCCAAAUUACAAGUUAAAUGAAAAAAUGAUCUAUUUGAUGUCUACAUUGUGGAAGAUUUGCCUCAACAACCAAGUGACAGCUUGGAUUGUGGUUUAUAUAUGAUUACUUAUGCCAAGUGCUUUACACUUGGUGGAGGUGUCCUGAAAGUCGACUUUGAUUCAGAUCUUCAUCACACGAGGUACGCUGGAAUGUUAUGGCAUUAUGAUAAAAGUAAA